GAAACAGAGCAGAGCAAGGGAGAGCAGAGGUGAUCUUAGUCUCAUCAGCACAGGAUAACACAACCAUGAUGGGUUGAUUUUUGGGGGUUGGGGAGGCGGUUGGGUUUGGAAGUGUGCAUUUGCCACCAUUUGCUCAGCCAUGGAGACCAACAAAGUUCUUCAUUUUGUGCCUUCCGAGGCGCCUCCAUCUGGGAUGUCCAAGAAUGGAUACUUCUUUCAAGAAAUGGAGCAGCGGGAGGCGGAGCAAGAGGAGGACAGCGAGUGCCGAGAGGAGGGACAGGACCUACCGAUCGCCUGCGGCGAAGACAUCCACCUCUAUGACAACCAGAUCAGCCCUGGGCCAGAUGCCGAUGACUCUGGCUGUGUGUUACUGAACACAUCAAGACGGUAUGUGAAGCUCAUGAACUUCGAGGAGGAGGUUCGGGCACACCGGGACUUGGAUGGCUUCUUGGCGAGGGCUAGCAUAUUGUUGGAUGAGACAGCCGCCUCCCUGGACGACGUCCUCAAGAGAAUGUUGCACCACGUAGGCGAGGACAGCCACGUGUCCGAGCCCGGGUGUAACUUUGAAGAGGUGAUGAGCAUGCUUUUCACAGAUGCAGGAGCUCAAGAGGUCAACGAGAAGUCUCAAAGUUUCGUUUUCUUUGAUGACGUUCAUCUGCUGUCUGAGACAAUCCAAGGCGUGACGGCGACAGCCACCGGGGUCCAGUACCAGCAGUCCUGGCUCUGCAUCCUCUGCAACGUCAAACAUCUCCAGAGGCGUCAUGUGUGUAUCUCUCGUCUGGAAAGGCCGCAAAACUGGGGGGAGAACUGCUGCGAGGUCCGCUAUGUCAUCCUGAUACUCGCCCCGUCCAAAAUGAAAAGCACCAAGACGGCGAUGGAGCUGGGCAGGACGUUUGGCACCCUUUUCUCUGACAUCUCCUUCAGGCAGAAGCUGUUGGAGACAAAGACGCAGGAGGAGUUUAAGGAGGCUUUGGUGUUCCAGAGGCACCAGCUCACAGCGGCCAACCAGCAGCCCAUCGUUCUGGGGAAGAAGGAGACGGUCCCCCGCAGCCACAAACCUCUCAAGUGUAAAGAUUUCUUCAAAGCCGGCCGAGGGAUUUAUGAGGACUUGCGUCGCAGACUGCCUUUCUACCCUUCUGACUUCACAGAUGGUAUAGUUGGAAGUAAUAAAACCCUGCUGAAGUACAUGACCACAGCCAUCUUCCUCUACAUCGCCAUCCUCCUCCCUGCGAUUGCUUUCGGCUCCCUCAACGAUGAGAGCACCCGCGGCGAAAUCGAUGUUCGGAAGACUAUCAUUGGCCAGAGCAUCGGCGGAGUCAUCUACUCGUUGUUCGCUGGCUCCCCUUUAGUUAUCCCUCUCACCACUGCUCCCCUCGCCAUCUUCAUCAGCGUGAUCCGAGGAAUCUGUGAUGACUACAACUUGGAUUUCCCAGCUUUUUAUGCCUGCAUCGGUUUGUGGAACUGCCUCUUCCUCAUCUUGGGAGGGAUCUUCAACGUCAGUCUGCUGAUGAAGCUCUUUAAAAGGUCAACAGAAGAGGUCAUUGCCCUGUUCAUCUCCAUUGCAUUUGUAGUUGAUGCUGUCAAAGGAACAGUCAAAAUCUUUCAGAGGUACUACCACGCUCCAGGUCUGGAAAACAGGAGCAUAGCGGACCUUCCUCAGGUUGGAGACCUGCAGGGAGGAAACAGGAGUGAGGUGAUGGUCGGGUCGGUGUUCAAUGCUCUGCCUGAAUCUUUCAUCCAGUGCACUCGAGAAAGGCCCGUCCUUUGCCUCCUGCUGAUGCUCGGGACAUUAUGGAUGGGCUAUACCCUCUACCAGUUCAAAAGAAGUCCGUUCCUGCAUGCCAAAGUGAGGGAAGUGCUGUCGGACUGCGCCCUGCCCAUCUCAGUGCUGCUGUUCUCCUUCAUUGGCUCCUACAUUUUUAGCGACAUCGAGCUUCCAGUGUUUAAGGUUCACAAUCGGCCGAUCUUCAACGUGGCUCCGUUCGAGCGGCUGUCGGCCAUGAACGUUGUCAGCGCCAUGGGACUCGGCUUCCUCCUGGCUCUCCUCAUCUUCAUCGACCAGAACAUUGUUGUUUCACUUACCAAUGCUCCAGAGAACAGGUUGCUGAAGGGCACGGCGUAUCACUGGGACCUGAUGCUCUCCGGCCUUAUUAACAUCCUGAUGUCGGUGCUGGGGUUGCCCUGGAUGCACGCCGCCUUCCCCCACUCCACCCUCCACGUGCGCCAGCUGGCUUUCGUGGAGCAGCGUGUGGAGGGGGGGCACCUCUACGAGACCAUCGUCCAGGUGAAGGAGACCCGGCUGACGUCUCUGGCUGCCAAUAUCUUCAUCGGCGUGUCUCUGCUGCUGCUGCCCGUUCCGCUGCAGUGGAUCCCCAAACCCGUCCUGUACGGUCUCUUCCUCUACAUCGCCCUCACCUCCAUCGACGGAAACCAGAUGUGCGACCGCAUGGCUCUCCUCCUGAAGGAGCAGACGUCUUACCCACCUACCCACUACAUUCGCAAAGUGCCCCAGAGGAAGAUCCACUACUUCACCUUCCUGCAGAUGAUGCAGCUGCUGGUGCUGUGCACAUUUGGCAUGUACCCAAUACCGUACAUGAAAAUGAUCUUCCCUCUGGUCAUGAUCCUCCUAAUCCCAAUUAGGAACAACGUGCUUCCUCAUAUCAUUGAGGCCAAAUACCUGGACAUCAUGGAUGCCCAACACAUGUAGCUUCACCAGGAUUCAAGCUCUGGAUCCUCACAGAGUCCAUGGGAGCGAACCAGAAAGAAAAAAAAAUGGAAAAAGGAUCAACAAAAACAUAUUUUUUGAUGCAAAACUAUAUGGGCACAAACGGGGGGGGGAGGGGAAGAAGAGAAAAAAAAAACACGGACCGUUUAGAUUUUUUUUGUAUCCGAGAAGUCCGUUGAAGCACUGGAAACGCGGGGAAGCCGAGAGAAGAAGAGAGCCGAGAGUUUGGGUCCGACAUUUUCCAAAAAAGCUAACAGAAAAUUUCUCUGUGAAACAAACGUUCUCCAAGAAAAGUGACUGUUCCCGUCUCGCCUCUGUUUGACCAUGUCGGAUCGUGUGGUGCCAUAACAAGUCUAUGUUCUCGUUUCACAGCUUCAACCUUUUUAUGGUUACACUUUACAUUAUCCUUUUUGCAGUGUGUGGGGGCAGGUGCUUCAAGUAUUCUCUGAUGCUGUGGAAGUAAUAAUAAUAAUAAAAAAAGAAAAUAAAAGAAAUGCUGCAAGGGUACAUUAGAUUGUACCAAGAAAGGGGCUAAUGGCACAAUGUAAGUAUGAACCUGAUCGCUUUUUGACACUUUGCACUUAUGUUGUUUUUACACAGUUUCAGGUGCGUCUCGAUACGUCGGAGAUCAUGAAAAAGUUCCUUUGUUUUGGUAAAUCUGUUUAAAAUGUGAGUCUAUACGAAAAGUGAGUAUUUUUCUUUUCUUUUAGUUGUUAUGGAAACCUAUAAUUUAGCCUCUCAGAAGUUAAAAUUUUUACAUAAGACCAAUUAAGAGGUAUCUUUUUAAUACAGAAAUGUUUUGAGGUGUGAGGAAUCUUGCUGAUUUAACGGUUUCCAGCAGAAACUGGCUGUUCAGCAGUGUUGCAGCCAAUGGAAAGUUGAGGGGAAGGAAAAAAAAAUUCUCGAGUGGGUAUUGAAUUGGAUUACCAAAAUAAUACAACUUUCUGAUUAUGUUCUGAUUUACCGAGAUGCACCUAUGUAUGGGUAAAUGUUUUACCCACAGACACUGUGUUUAAAAGUACCUAAAUACUUUGAACGGGUCAGUUUAGAGCACUGCAUUUUGGCCACUGUAAAGUCCGCCUUUUCCUCGUCAUUGUGCAGCGUUCCAGCCUUUUAAAUUUCUGCACCUUUUAGCAGUUGCUACGGAUGACACUUGCACACAUACAUGUUAAGUUUUCUGAGUCAUUCCAACAAGUGUCAGCAUUUGUACCAGGAGGAGAUCAGAGGGUAUAUAUGUGUGUGUGUGUGUGUGUGCGCGUGUGUGCGCGCGCGUUUGGGUCAUACACACAGUACAUCUCUGUCCUCCAUCUAGUUGUCUGCCAGCUCUUUAGAAAAUUUAUUUUUAAAGGUGGAAUCCAUCUUUAGACGAAUAAUAAUAAUAAUAAAAAAAAAACAUUCCACGGGUAUAUAGAAUUAUUUGUAAUAAUUUAGAAUGACAGCACAAACCAAAAACAUAUAGUGAUAUCUUUAUCUUAAUGAGAAGGGGG